CAAGGUCCAUGGUGAUUCCUUAUAUGUUUUCUUUCUUGGUUGAGGUGGGGGGGUGUCUCGGGGUCGGGGGACUGUAAUGUAAACCGGAAGAGAAGCAGGGCAGCUGCUUUGUAUGUCGUCCGGCGUCCAUCAUGAAGAAGCUCGGUAGCAGGGCCGGACCCAUCUCGCGUCUCUUCUCCUCCACCGCUUCAACUCAGCAAGCCGAGCGAGUCGCCGCCGCCGCCGAAGAGCUCCACGCUCGCCUCAUCCGUACCCAUCUCCACUCAGACCCUUCCGCGAUCUCAGACGUGGUCAAGUCGUACGCGCUGUCUCCCUCCCACCUCCAGGAAGCUCGCCUCGCCUUCAACGAGGUCGAACGCCCCACCCCGGCCAUAUUCAACCACAUGAUCCGUGGACUCUCGCAGAGCGAUGAGCCCGCCAGCGCGAUCGACCUGUACCGCUCCAUGCGUCGCCGUGGUCUCGCCCCGAGCAACUCCACCUUCAUCUUCCUCUUCAAAGCUUGCGGUCGUACCGGGUCCCUGGUGUGUGGAGAAGCGCUCCAUGUCCACGCUCUGAAACUGGGGGUCGGUCAGCAUGUUUUCGUCUCGAACGCUCUGAUAUGCACGUAUUACGGUUGCGGACGCGUUGAACUCGCGAGGAAGGUGUUCGAUGAAAUGCCCGAGAGAGAUCUGGUAUCCUGGAAUUCUCUGAUUUGCGGGUACAGUCAGUCCGGCAGAUUCGGGGAGGUUCUGCACCUCUUCGACAUGAUGCAGGCCCGCGACAUGAAGGCCGAUGCAGUCACUAUGGUGAAAGUUAUCUUAGCUUGUGGCUAUAUGGAUGAGACCAAACUCGCAGAUCGUGCGGUGGAGUAUGUAGAGCGAGAGAAAGUGGAGGUCGAUGUCUACUUGGGGAACACCCUGAUAGAUUUCUAUGGGAAGCGUGGUUCGGUCGAAUCAGCGCGCGGAGUAUUCAAUCGAAUGCGGGGAAAGAAUUUAGUUUCUUGGAAUGCGAUGAUGAAAGCAUACACGAGAGCUGGAGACUUGGCCUCGGCGCAGGCACUCUUUGAUCAGAUGCCAAGGAGGGAUGUGAUCUCUUGGACUUCGAUGAUCACAGGUUAUGCUCAGGCUAAUUGCUUCUCCGAUUCAGUGAAGCUUUUCCAAGACAUGAUGGCAGCUAAGGUGAAACCCGAUAAAGUCACCGUGGCUAGUGUUCUCUCCGCUUGUGCUCAUUUGGGCUCGCUCGGCAUAGGAAGAGCUGUUCACGACUAUAUCAGAAGUCAUAACGUGAAGACCGACGUCUAUGUUGGGAAUGCCCUCAUAGACAUGUACUGCAAAUGUGCAUCCAUCGAGAAGGCAUUCGAAGUCUUUCGUGAAAUGAAAGAUCAGAAGGAUGAAAUCUCGUGGACUUCCAUAAUUGCUGGCCUCGCUGUCAAUGGCUAUGCAGAUCAAGCGCUCGAACUUUUCUUGGAAAUGUCGACCGAGGGCAUUAAGCCGACUCACGGGACCUUUGUUGGGAUUCUACUGGCUUGUUCUCAUGCAGGGUUGGUAGAUAAAGGGUUGGAGUUCUUUAGGAGCAUGGAAGAAGUUCACGGUCUACGUCCGGAAAUGAAGCAUUACGGAUGUGUUGUGGAUCUCUUGAGCCGAUCCGGAAACCUAGAAAGAGCUUACGAGUUUAUCACUGAAAUGCCUGUUUCUCCGGAUAUCGUGAUAUGGAGGAUAUUAUUGAGUGCAUGCAAGAUUCACGGUAAUGUGGCCAUGGCAGAAAUCGUCACGAAGAAGCUGCUCGAGUUGGAUCCAAGUAAUAGCGGGAACUAUGUCCUCCUAUCGAAUGCUUAUGCGAGUUUGGAUAGAUGGCACGAUGCUACGAGCGUUAGAGAUUGGAUGGAGGAGAGCGAUGUGCAUAAACCGUCUGCUUGGAGUUCUAUCGAAUCCAACAAACCGCCAUCUCACAGCUCAAUGAGAUCACCAUUGCACUUCUAAGCCCCUUGAUACGAAACGAAUAACUACCAUAAAAGGUCUCUCUUGACCGGUGCCAUUCGUGUAAUUAUGUUGUUGUGAGUUGAAGUCUUACGUAUAAAUGAUGUAACAGUGUUACGUACCGAAUCAAAGGGAGAGUAAACACGACUAAUUCAGGUAAGCUUUGCUUUCCUUGGACAGGUCUGCAAUUGUGAUUUGAAUUUUCAAUCGGACUUUAAUAUGUUUGGUUGGUAA